GUAUAUGUUUAAGUAAAAUGAACAUUGUUGUUUUAUUUUCUUAAUUACGAACAGCAUUUCUCCCAAAUUCCAAAUUAAGAAAAUGAGAAAUGGCUGAAAUGACAAAAAAGACAAAUUAACUGCUCGCUUCAGUUUCUUUCACAACAUUUCUUUUGGAUUAAGAUCAGGACUUUGAAUUGGCUAUUCCAAAAGAUUAACUUUAUUCCUCUCGAAAUAUUCUUUAAUAAAACAACUUGUGUGCUUAGGAUUCAGUUCAUGGACAGAAGUCCUGAAAUUUUCCUUUAGAAUUAUUCGAUAUAAUUUAGAAUUCAUUGUUCCAUCAAUGAUGUAGCAAAACAGGCCCAAACCAUGAUGCUACCACUACCACGUUUCACAGAUUGGAUAAGGUUCUUAUGCUGGAAUGCAGUGUUUUCCUUUCUUUAACCAUUUAACCUUGCAUUUAAACUUACAAACAUCAAUAUUAGCCAAUGUGAGAGAGGCCUUCAGUUGCUUAGAAGUUACCCUGGGGUCCUUUGUGGGGUCCAUUACAUGCUUUGCUCUUGGAGUGAUCUUUGUUGGUGGACCAGUGUUGGGAAGGGUUGUGGACCUGUUCCAGACUCUGGUAGCAGCAAAUAAGGCAGUUCAUUUACAGAAGGUUGGGAAAAUGAAGACGAGGAGUUUGUACUCUGAGAUCAUCUUUAGUCUCUCACCCACCAACAACAUCUCUGAGGCAUUUAGGAGGUUUGGAGUCUCAGACAGUGACAGCGCCGUCCUUGUUGUCCUCGUUCAUAAUAAAGAGGACAUUUUCAAUAAGGAUGAUGUCACGUCUAAGGUGGAUGGCCAGCAGAUUCCAGCUGAUCAGAUUUCCACUCUCAGUGAUAUGGCCAAGAUUAAAAAGCUUUACAAAGUCACCCCGCAGGAGGAGAAGUGUGGAACUGUUCUGGAUGCUGUUGUUCUCAGAAUGGCCGCUAAGGAAGUUGUAUAGCUUAGGGGACACUAACAGGACACACACUCUUUAAAAAGGGAGAGAAAGGUCUUCUGGAGGGAUACCACAGAUUAAUUAUUUUGGGUUUCUUAAAAAAUAUAUAUAUAUUCAGAAAGAUUCUCUAAAAAAGCAAAAGUGGUUCUUCUGUCAUCACCUGGAUAAACUUUUUGCCUUCUUAGUUUUUAAUUUAUUUGUUUGUGUUUAAAUAUCUACAGUACCUUUUAAAAAUAAAUCUGAUUAUAAGCA